UCCAUGAUGGCUGAAGAUCCUGGAGGUGCUUAUUUCAAUCUCUCCUUUAUUUUCCGUUUCUUCUCGUCUCUGCUUGUCUUUGAGACAUGGCAGGAGCCACAGCCACGUUAAGCGGCCAUAGACCCCCGUUGCCGCCAUGCCCAAGAAAGGGAACCGAAAACGGCUGAAAUUCCGGGCCGAGGAUGUUUGCUCGGAGUCAGUUACCGUGGCUGACUAUGCCAAUGCAGAUCCGGCCAUUGUGAAGUCUGGGAGGGUGAAAAAAGCUGUGGUGAACGCAAUUGAAAAAGAAGUGAAAUUGCUCCGUGGCCUGGAGGCCUCCCAGGGCCCAGUACAAGAGGUGCUGUCAUCCGUGGUGAGUGUCAGCGGAGAGGGCUGCGACAGCAGCGACGAGCUGGACCCCGAAGACGCGGCCAGCGGGAUCAAGGGGUCGCGCAAAAAGAAGAACAAGAGACGUAAAGAAAACAGUGAGUGCAGUGAUGGAGAGGAGUAUCCCAUUGAUAUCUGGCUGGUGCUUGCCUCCUACAUCCGCCCUGAAGACAUCUGUAGAUUUGCUUUGAUCUGCAAGAAUGCGUGGACUGUCACAUGCACUGCAGCAUUUUGGACCAGAUUGUAUCGGAGACACUAUAAUCUGGACGUGGACCUGCCCUUACGCCUGCAGCCGGACUCCAUUGGGAAGAUGCGUUGCCUCCGUGCCUGUGUGAUUCGCUCCCUGUUCCACUUGUACGAGCCUUUCAGCGCUCGCGUUUCCAAAACCCCCGCCCUCCCUGAGUCCACGCCUACCUCUCUUGUAAAUUCCAAGUGUUUGCUCUUCUGGGUCAACAAGGUCAUUGGAAAUCGACCGGAACCAAUGUGGGAAUUCAACUUCAAAUUUGUGAAACAGCCUCCCAAGUUUAAAAAUGGCAGUAGUAGAGGACUCCAGCUGCCUGUUGAGUAUACAGAGGUCCACACCAAUCCCGACUCAGACUGCUAUCUUCUGCAAGUCACCACACUCAACUUCAUUUUCACCUCUGUUGUGAUGGGAAUGACAUUAACCCUGUUCACCAUCAAUGUGAGCACGGACAUGCGGCACCACCGCGUGCGGCUGGUGUUCCAGGACGCGCCCGUCCUGCGAGGGAAGAAGCCGCGAAGCGACCAGGGGACCCAGGUGGUGCUGGACCCCGUCCACAGCGUGCGCCUCAUAGACUGGUGGCAUCCACAGUACCCCACCUCUGCCAACACCUAGGAUUCAUCCCUCUGCUGCUCCCAGCCCAAAUUCAGAAUUCCAACCACAACAAUCCAGAUAGCACAUUUAUUACAGGGUACCGAGAUGCCUAGCAAAGAGGAUGUGUCUACUGCCAGUAUUGAUAGAUUUAACGGAGCACUGCGCUCUAGCUGUAGGCACUGUUGGAGGUGCCCCACCUCUCUUUCAGUGUAAUUCGCAGCUGUUUCAGCUGGGUAGUUACUGAGUUGGCACCACACAUGUUGAUGCCCUAAUCUGAAAUCCCCUUUUUCUUUUUUUCCUCUGUUGCACCAAAACUGAAGUUUUGUUUCAAACCUCAUAAAAGCAGGAACAUGGUCUGUUUUGUUAAUUCAAAUGAGUAGAGUGAAUUUUGAGUUUGAGAAGGCUUUAAGAAAGACUUGCCCAAUAUGCUUUGUGAGGCACGAAACCCACACAAAUGUCAUAGUUUGUAUAUGGAAACAUGAAUAUGGAAUUAUAGUAUGACUGAGGGACCAAACAGCUUGUGAAUUUCUUAUCUAGCUAGGUUUAUUCACAUGCAGUUGUCUAGUUUUAAACUCUUAUUUAGGGGAACAGCUCUCACCUGUUAUUCCUUUUGUUUACCAUAGGAAUCAAACUUCAGUAGUAGUAAGUCUUGACUGCAUAGUUUGAACAGCCAUUAAGUCAGUUACUGAUGAAAAUAAGAUUGGGGUUUUGGUUGAUGUCAUUUGCUCAAAAGAUCAAAUCAUAGCACAAAGUAAAUCAAGCAUCCAUGUCUGUUAGUAGAAACACAUCAAUCGUGCAUGCUUAGUGAAAAAUUUUUGAUGAUGGCACACUCGUAACCAUUUUGUUAUUUGGAUAUGCCAGAACCGGAGGUUAUAUUCAGUCUUUCUUUUUCUGUCGUGUAUUGCCUGAACCAUGCAUACUGUCCCCCUAAAACUCGUAUUCAUGUGGCCUCCAUGCCCCUCUUUAGUAAAAUGAUUUUUAAUCUUAUUUUUAUAAAGAAAGAAUGUUGAAAGGGGCAGGAUUGAGAGUGAAGUUCACAGAUGUGGCUAGUGAAAGGAAUGGGGGCUUGCUCAGCUUGAGGUAUAGGAAAUAGUCCUCUUUUCAUAGGCCUUUGUUUCAAGGCAGGAUCCAGCCCUGUUCUCACAUUUUCAUACUAAUAUUUGUAAAUAUCUACCCAAACCUUAAUGAACAUGGGCAGUAGCCUGAGCCAAAAGCCUGUGGAAACUACAUUAUUCAAAGAGUGUUUUUUUUCCUCCUAGAACUUGUUUACAUUGUAUGUAUGUGCGUACUGAUGUGGCUCUUUGAAAAACAGGAGUGUCAUGCACUGAAAUGUCAAAUAAAGGUGGAAAAGUCUGAC